AUGCCGAAUGGAUACAUUCUUCCAGAAAAGUUCCCUUCAAACGAUAUGUUACAAGCUUUUAAGAAUAUUAACGUGAAUGACUUACCUCAUGGUGCCGUUAAAAUAUUAUCACUAGCUGUCUGUUCAUUAGUAAACCAUAUUUCAACUUAUUCAGCAAAAUUUGAAUGGAUGAAUGUCUUUGAGAUCGCUCCCAUUGUAGAUCCAGGAUAUAAUUUCCUUAGACAUGUUAAAGUUCCUGUAUAUAAAAAUAAAAACGUAUCAGAGUUUAAGGAAUCUCUCCAAAAUGUCGUAAAGCCAUACACGGAUAACAUUAAAAAUGAUACUACUUACGUAAAAGUUUGCAAGCGUCUCAUCAUCUUAUGUCGGGAAAUUGAUGCUAUUGUAUUUUUGUGGCAAUCUAUUUUCCGUCCCGGCUCGAAUAA